AUCCUCCUUGUUUUUUUAUAUUUGUAUAUCCUCAUAUCUCCUCAAGCUCAUUUUCUCUCUCUCUCUCUCUCUCUGCAACCUUUUCCUUUGGCUCUCUACGACGUGAAUCCGGACGGGACUCGCAUUCGAGGGAAAAAAAAAUGGCAGAGCCUAGACCAGAUACACCUUUGAUCCCACCAUCUUCCUCUUCUUCACAUUCCCGAACGCUCCCCGAUUUCAAGAAGUCUAUCAAGCUCAAAUAUGUGAAGCUUGGAUAUCACUACCUCAUCACCCAUGGAAUGUACCUAUUCCUUUCCCCUCUUGUGGUUGUGAUUGCUGCUCAGCUCUCAACAUUUUCACUCCAAGAUUUUUAUAGCAUUUGGGAGAAUCUCCAGUACAACUUUAUUUCUGUGAUCCUCUGCACUACUCUCCUUGUUUUUCUAUUCACCAUCUACUUUGUCACUCGUCCCCAUCCUGUAUACCUCGUUAACUUCUCCUGCUACAAGCCUGAAGAGGCAAGAAAAUGCACCAAAAAGAUUUUCAUGGAUCGAUCUCAGAUGGCUGGUGUGUUCUCUGAGGAGAAUCUUGAGUUUCAGAAAAAGAUCCUUAUGAGAUCUGGCCUCGGUGAUUCUACAUAUCUACCAGAGGCUGUCUUGAACAUUCCUCCCAACCCUUCUAUGAAAGAAGCUCGGAAAGAAGCUGAGGCUGUAAUGUUUGGUGCUGUUGAUGAUCUUCUGGCUAAGACUUCAGUAAAUCCCAAAGAUAUUGGAAUCUUGAUUGUGAAUUGUAGCUUGUUUAGUCCUACACCAUCUCUAUCUGCCAUGGUUAUCAAUCAUUACAAACUUCGAGGGAAUAUAGUCAGCUACAAUUUGGGUGGGAUGGGUUGCAGUGCUGGCUUGAUCUCAAUUUCUCUUGCUAAAGAACUUCUUCAGGUCCAUCCUAACUCCUACGCGUUGGUGAUCAGCAUGGAGAACAUCACAUUGAAUUGGUAUUUUGGAAAUGAUCGAUCGAAACUCGUCUCAAACUGUUUGUUCCGCAUGGGAGGCGCUGCAAUACUACUUUCUAACAAAAGAUCUGACAGAAGAAGAUCCAAAUACCAAUUGGUACAUACUGUCCGAACUCACAAGGGUGCUGAUGAUAAGUGUUUUGCAUGUGUUACCCAAGAAGAGGACUCUAAUGGGAAGGUUGGUGUAACUUUGUCGAAGGAGCUCAUGGGAGUUGCAGGAGAUGCCUUAAAAACCAACAUCACCACAUUGGGGCCUCUUGUUUUGCCAAUGUCCGAACAAUUGCUUUUCUUCACCACACUAGUGGGGAGGAAACUUCUCAAGAUGAAGAUAAAGCCGUACAUCCCAGAUUUCAGACUAGCUUUUGAGCAUUUCUGCAUUCAUGCUGGAGGAAGAGCUGUUUUGGAUGAAUUGGAGAAGAACCUGCAGCUUUCUGACUGGCACAUGGAGCCAUCAAGGAUGACACUUUACCGGUUUGGCAACACCUCAAGCAGUUCUCUUUGGUAUGAAUUGGCCUAUUCAGAAGCCAAGGGAAGGAUGAAGAAAGGAGACAGAACAUGGCAAAUAGCAUUUGGUUCAGGAUUCAAGUGUAAUAGUGCCGUCUGGAAAGCUCUAAAGACCAUUAACCCUGCGAAGGAAAAGAACCCAUGGAUGGAUGAAAUUCACCAGUUCCCAGUGGAAGUUCCAAAGUUAUCAACCAUCUGAACUGCAAAACCAGUGAUGCUCUUCUAAUUCAGGUGUUAGGAUUUAUUCUUCCAUUCCUACUCGGGCAGAUUAGCACUCUAGCAGUAAUUAUUCGGAUUGGGGACUACUUUAUUUCAAUUGUUGUAGGGGUAUUUCUUUGUAACCCUUCUUCACAUGUGGUUUUUGAUUGGUAUUCUUCUGCAA